UGGAAAAAUGCCAGAUUCUGAAAGUAAUUUGGAGUCUUCACAUGUGGAUGUUAUAAAUGGUACUUCAGUCUUGAGUGAAACGAAAAUUUCGGAUGAGAAGGGAUCUGUUAAAAAAAGAGCAGUGCCUCACAUUGGGAAGGAUGGCUAUCCUGACUCCAUCUACAUAAAUGCAGCUAAGAUUUUUCAAGGCCUUCGUACUGAAAAGAGUUCAGGUAAAAUCCUGCUGCGCUACGGCGAUGCCUCGGGGUCUCCCACGGUGGCUUUUAAAGAUGAGCAGUCCAGGCGUGUGUCCUAUGAACUGGCUUUCAAAACUCUAAAAUAUCAAGAUCUUCUUGAAGAAGUGUUGGUAGAGAGUAAGGUUUACCCAUCCUACUCAAUACCAGAUGAGCUAACCAGCUUGCUUGUUGUGAUGCUUUGUGACCUACAAGACCGAAAAUUUCAAAACCGAAAGAUUUUUGCUGAAGAGGAAAUUGUAGCAGAAGUUCAGGAAAUAGGAAAUUAUUUAUACAGCUAUGAGACCAAGCUGGCAGCUGCACUAGCACGAUGUCGCAUCAAACAUGAUGCUCUUUCAAUUGAAUACUUUGUACCAGAAACCAUAUCAAAGCAGGAACAAAGGACUUCUGCUUUACCUAUCUGUUUUUGGAUAAACACAUUUAAAAUCAGCCUUGAAGAUGUUAUCAAAGAUUUGGAGAUGAAGGGAUUCACAAAGGUUGAAUCUGUGUCAGACUUUGACCAUUACACAUAUGCUGUGGACCAACAUUGCCGAGAUGUAUUGGUUUUUCCUUCCUCUCUUAAAGAAGAACUGCUUAAUUUAGAUCUUUCUGCAGAUUGCAAACUCUUGCUGCAGGACAAGUCUCGCAGCCUCGCCGUGCACUCCGCACGCGCGCUGCUGACUGAGGGUGCUGACAUUAUAAUGGCUCACUUGGGUUCCCACCUGACCAUUGCCCAUAUGUCAGUGCUGACAAAUGACAGCAGCUCCAGCAUUUUUGUUUGUGGUGUGAAAUCUUCGGCAAAAGAAGAAGAACUGAUGAACAGUUUCAGUCACAUGGGAUGUACAAAUAUUUGCUUGUUACAUGAAGACUUUACUGAGCUUCGGCCAACAGACCCAAGACUUGAAAAGGCAACAGUUAUUUUGCUGAUACCACAGUGCUCUGAACUGGGUGCUGGUAAUCCAAUGGAGCUUAUUUUAAGUGAACAUGGAGAUGCAGAUUUGCUACAAGACCUUUUCCAGGGAUUUGUGUCAGAGGAUAAACUGAGGAUUCUUGCUGAGAGGCAGCUUAAUGAGUUGCUUCAUGCACUGAAAUUUAACAAAGUACAAGCUAUUGUUUACUGCACUUGCUCAGUUUACCCAGAAGAAAAUGAACUUGUAGUGAAAAAAGCACUGGAAUCUGGAGUGGAGAGAGAUAAAGCACGACGCUAUAGGCUUAUUCCUUCUAUUUUUUCUACUUGCUCUGAUUCAGAGUCUUCCACUGAAAUGUUUUUCAAAAUAGAGCCAUCAGAAAUUUCCAGUGGUUGUUUCCUAGCUGUUCUAGAGAGAGAGAAAAAGGCGUCUGCUAAAGACAUUUUGGCUUCUGCUGCAGCAAAAGCUCUACUAGAUGGCAUUGUUGAAGAAAAACCAAAAGAAGAGGUGAAAAAGCCGAAAGUAAAACAACGUAGGCGUAAGGCUGCUGCUGGUGACAGUAAGCCAAAAGCUGCAAAGCUCCCUCCCCGCCCAACUGCAGCUAAGGUUAAGGCUCCUGUGCCUAAAGCAGCCCAUAAGAUACAAGAAACACAUGUGUGCCCCAUAUGCCCAAAAAGCCCAGCCAGUAAGGUGCAAAAAAACCAUGCAGGCUCCCCAAAAGAAAAGACUGUGCAAGAGAGAAAAGCAGCCAGUGACACAGCACAGGAGACUGGGCAAGGGAAAAAAGCAGCCAGUGAUACACCACAGAAGACUGGGCAAGGGAAAAAAGCAGCCAGUAACACACAGCAAAAGAAUGUGCCCUGAACAGACAGCUGUGUUGAGCUGAAGAAAUCUGUGAACCCUGACUGAUACACAGCACCAGUGAAAGUGCAGAAGCCAACAUCUCAUCUGUCACCUCUGGGCAAGGUUUUUGAGACAGACACCUGAUCAAAAGGCAUGCACAGAACAGAACAGGGAUGUACUGAAGCCCACAACAAUCACUUUGCCUUCACUGAUAACACCAUAUGAAAGGCUGUAAUGAAACAAACUCAGGGUAUCAACUUAACGUGGCUUUCAUGGCCAGACUGGAGCACAGGGUCCAAGUGGUUGGAUAGUUCCACCACCCUGGUCAAAAAUGGUCAAGCCAACUUGGCUGUAUGAACCUUCAGACUCUGCCCUCCCUUUGUAAAGAAGGUAAAGGUUACUGUAUCCUAAUCAAUAGUCUUAAAUUACAGUAUAAAUUUAUGCAAGGAUAAUCUGGCCUUAGGAAAGAUGUAUUAUGGGCUAUGUAUAUAGAAAUAUCCAUGUUUAGAUAGUAACUUCUCGUCCAGUAAUCAUACUUUAAGUGAAUGGAGCUCAGCUGCCUAAGGCCGAUAUAUUGUUGGGGGAAGUGAGGUCAAAAACCUAUAGCCUCUUGCUAUACAGUCUGAAGUGACAAGUUGAAUUGUAUACCCAAUCCUUCACUGUAUCUGAACCUGUACAGGUAAUCAGUGUCAAAUUGAUGUUUUUAAAGUGAGACUGAAUUUUUUAAAGUGGCUUUUCUUUACAAGUGCUAGAUACUAUUUUUGUGAGUUUCCACUUAAGACAGAUGCAUGGAAAAUAAGCCUUGUAUUUUUAAAAAUAGAUGUGAACUUUUGUCCAGGAAACUGGCCAAGUACAUUGAAGCCCAUGCAUAGGCUUUCUAGUGUGUGUUCUCUUGGUUUCUUCUUAAGUGUGCACUGAAAUACUAACAGUGAAAAAUAGAUCAAAUAUUCUCAUGCUAAGAACACUGAAUCAUCAUAUAAUGUCGCAUCAGACUAUGUCAUGGUUCAUAACUGCUUUUUAUCAAUUUCUUAACAGUUCAUAGUUGAAAAGAUCUGCUACUGUCAAGGUAACAUUUUUAUAAAUGUUACUGCUAGUCAGCUGAAUAGUGACUGGACAAAGACUAGCUGCCUGUCUUUGGAAACAGCUGUGGGCUUCUAAGCUGCUCCCUUUUGCUAGCAAAGAUAAAAUAACUGUAAAACAUCUGCAACUGUCUUGUAAUCUGAGUAGAGGAUAAAAGGAGGCACAGAGAUACUUUUAACAAUAGACCUGAUUUGUAUCUAGAACUUGUAAAAAUGAAAGAGACAGCACAACAAUACAGAAAGACAAAGGUAUCUGUGGCCCAGAAAUCUUCCUCUAGGCAACCAUUUCAGAUUCUUGGGAAGUGUUGCCAGGAGCAUCACCACUGUAGUGUGGGACUUAACCAGUUUGACAUACAAGUCUGGAUUUAGACCCAUCCAGAGAAAAUGUUAUAACAUCUCUAUUUUGUCUUCACCCACACCAGUCAGUGUUACGGGAUCAGCAGUACCUUUUAAAGAAAGGAUGUGAAUGAUAUUACCCCAGCAGUGUAGGCAGCUGGCUCUUGUUCAUCUUAUAAAUAUCUUUGCUUCACUGAAUCAGUGAAAUUUCUUACAGCAUUUUAAUGUGAGCCAGCUGUCCUAUACAAAGACAUCCCUCACCCUCUGCAUAUCCCUGUGAGCAAUCCAUGCUCCUUGCCUGCUCCAGUAAUACAGUGAACUCUACUCUUAUUUCGGAAUAAACUUGUUAGGAUAGAUUUAGACCCAUACACAUGCCAUGUGUAGAACCAGAAAAAAAAAUCUUAUUUUAUUUCAAAAACAUCUUGGAGGAGGAGGGAUUCUACAUGUUGGAUGGAAGGAAUGGACACUGUGGAGAUUUUUUUCCCCCAAUAUGGUUGUUAAAUGCUUAAAAUAAACUUAAGAGAUUCUGCAGUUAAAUAAUGAUCUUUUUAAAAAAAAUCAAGAUCUGUAUAAUUCAUUAUGAAAGUUGAAAUUACUUGUAAAACAACAUACAUGUGUCUAAUAACAGAAUUUCUGGGCUACUUACGUAAUAUGUGCCAUGAUGUCCCUCACUUGCCCUUGUCUUGCUUUCAGGAAUUUGCAUUUUUAACACACUAUGGAGGUUAAACCAGUCAGAAUCUUGAUGGCUUACCAAGAAUAUCAGAGAGUGAAUUUUUCAACUGCAGGUCAGCAGCUUACUUUGUAAGCAUGGAACAUCACAUGGUGGCAACACCUGGGACUGACUUCAGGCUUGUAGGUAGAUGCCUGUAACAGUCUUUUUUCAGUAAAACUGCAUCUUAUGUAACUACUUUUCUGUAAUCCAGUUAUUUGUCAUUUUCAACUAGAAACUAUUGAUUCAGCUUUCCAGAUACAAAAGUUCUCAGAGUACUGCUACUGCCUCUAAACCACCAGUAUGUUUUUCCCUUCCCUCAACCACCAUUCUGAACAAAAUAAUUUUGCAGUUUCAUGGAGCAGUAACAGGUGAGACAAUCACUUUAUGCAGCUAAAUUUAUUCUCAGAACAGAUUACAUUUAAAUAUGGAGAAGUGGUCAACAGCAGGGAAAACUGUCCUUUUUGUUGUCAGUCAUGUACUUUUAUGUAAGACUGGGCUCUGCUAAUAAACAGUGUUGUGUUUCCUUCUGUCUCACUGUUGUUAAAUCAAACCUGCAUGGGCUGAUGGGACAGCACAUGUGACAAUGUGUUAAUUAAUGUGCCCAAGAAAGGAGUAAUGCAUUUGGGGGUAAUGCUGAAAUGCUGUGCCCAUAAUGGCUCUUGAAAUGAGAAUGUUCUCUUUUCCAUGGGUGAUGUACUAACACUUUUAGAUUCCAUGAUGAAUGAUCUAUGAAAUGCUUGAUAAAAUUAAGAAAUGUAGAACCCUUAGUGACAGCCGGGGUGUGAGCUAUUAGAUACUCCACAAUUUUUGUUCCUCUGCCACUGAAGGGCAUAAUACUUCUGUAGGUACAAGUGACUCUGCACAGGAAAUAUAUCACUAAACCUUGUUUUAUUGUGAAUGGAUUCUGUGCUAUUCCUAUGCUAUUUUUGUCAUUCCCAGUUAACCACCCUGUAGGUGGCCUCCAUAGCCUUGCAUCUCCCACACCUCCUUGCUCCCCUGUAAAUGAAACAGUAAGUGGCUUAAAUAAAACCUACAGCCAGCACUACAGAUUUCAAAAGAAAGGCUUUUAUCUAUUAGUCAUUGACUGUGAAUAUAAAUCUCCUUGCUUCUGCAAGGGGGUGUGUUAAUGACAUGACUGACUGACAUGUGAUACCUCUAACUUACUGCUUGCAUUGAAAAAAAUUACAACAUUAGCUUUGCUUUACAUGAUUCUUCUACAGACUUCAAUAAAAAUGUGACUAUAAAUAAUUACAAAGCCUGCCUUUUUUAAGACAACCUAUAGUAUACAGAGUGGAGAAUGUUACAAGAGCACAUCCAGUAAAGACAAUACAUCAACAUAAUAAAGCAGGAUAUUUCAGUAAAAAUAGAAUAAAUAAAAUAAAAAUAUUUUAAGCUGUAUUUAACAGGUUAAGUUAGAAUAUGGCAUCAGACAUACAAGGCAUAGUGAACAUGGCUGCCGGCCUACAGAAUCACUAGGUAUUAUAAAAAAUGCAUAGAUAACUGAAGGGUUGCUAUAACAUCAACUAGAACAAUUGCAGUUGCUCAAAAACACACACACACCUCAUACAUACUUUUUUUGGCCGUGGUAAAAAGAGUGUCUGAAUAUAUUGUGAAACAAAAGAUAAUAGGCUUUGCAAUACUAGGCUCUGAUUCUGCAAACACCUGGGUGUAUAUUAAAUCUUUUGGAGAAUUAGGAGCUCUACUGAAGCAAAAAGGCCACGUAUAGUCAAAUCAUCAAGCACACUACUUAAAUAUUUGGAAAAUCAACAGCAUUUUGUUAACAGACAUAAACCUUUUAAAACAUACAUGGGUGAGUGAUGCACAGCUUUUCAAAUACCCUUCUGUCUUCUCCUCAGCCCUGCCUGCAGUUGCAUCCAUUGCUAAUGAAAGAUAACCAGAUGUUCUAGCCUUGACAACACGGAUGUAGAACCUUUACACUGCUGUUUGCCAAGUGUUGGUUUAGUUAAAGAGAGUCUGGAUCUCUCCUGGGAAGAAUCAGCAUGGUGCAGAUGCAAUGAAAAAAUUCCAUUAUACUGUUUAAAAUUAAUUCACUGCUGUACAACAGUUGCCAAUCUCAAAUCACGAUGUUGUCAGCAGGAACUUUAAAAAGAUACUUUCAAAGUAUUUAAUUUAAAAUAAAAUAAAAUGUGAAUCACUAGCACAAGGAUGAACAAGGAAACUUUUAACAUCACAAUCCUACCUAAGGGUACCUGUUAGCCACCACAGUUUGAGAGCAGUCAUCCCUGGAAAUAUUCAAGACCAGGUUGGAUGGACAGCUUUGGUGAAAAGUGUCCUCUGAUAGGGUUUGGAAUGAGAUGACCUUUGAGGUCUCUUCCAAACCAAACAGUUGUGUGAUUCUGUGCUAGAAGUGAGUUUUACACUGCUCCUAGCAGGGUGGCUGGGAUCAGGACUGGGAACUACAGAAGCUAUAUGCAAGCUGCCAUCCCCACGCUUUGUGCUCUGGGUUUGUUUGCACGCCCUCCCCUCCAG